CUACUCAUAGGCCCAUCGCUAUCCUGAGGAAAACACGAGGUGGGCAAACACAGGAAAGCAGAAAGAGAAAGCAGUAAAGGAAACAGUGGAGCCUUGUUGUGACCCUUCCCUUUCUUUUAUGUCAAGAUGGACUCUUAUUUUUUUCCUGCUUUUUAGAAGAAAGAGAUCAUAAGAAGACACACAGUGGGCCAGUCAACACCUCAUCCCCCUUGUACACAGUACUGAACCUCUCCCUUUCCCAACUGUUGAUUUUUUUUAGCCUUGUUCUUAAGGGAUUAUUUUUUUUCAUCUGAAUAAAAACACUGGAAUCCUGUAGAUUUCUUAUAAACAUAUAGUGAAACCCUCUGACUCCUUUCCCCUCCUUGGCUGAAGUGCUGAAACUCUGUGGUCACACGUCUCGAUGCCUGAGCAGAAUCAUCUCUACCCUGAUCAUAUGGCACAGUGCUUCUGAUACCGUCUGCUUCAUUCUGUGGUGGUACAGGCAGCCAGCAGACCAUUCUCCAUGAGGAGCAGUAGAAGAUGCCGGCUCUGCCAGCACUGCUGCUGUCAAUACACUUCCUUUCCUUCCUGCUAGUCAUCAUGCCACCACGCUCCCUCAGCCAGGCCCCCCUGCUCUCCUCCGUCCGUAUGGCUGCAAUCCUGGACGACCAGUCUGUGUGUGGGCGCGGGGAGAGGCUGGCGCUUGCUCUGGCUAGGGAGAACAUCAACAGCAUGAUGGAAGGUCCGGUCCGAGCCCGAGUGGAGGUGGACAUAUAUGAGCUGCAGAAAGACUCCCAGUACGACACUACUGACACCAUGUGUCAGAUUCUACCCAAAGGCGUCGUCUCUGUGAUAGGUCCCGCUUCCAGCCCCGCCUCUGGCUCUACUGUCAGUCACAUUUGUGGAGAAAAGGAGAUCCCUCAUAUAAAGAUCGGUCCUGAGGAAACUCCCCGCUUGCCGUACCUGCGCUUUGCCUCUGUCACUCUAUACCCUAGCAACGAGGACCUGAGCCUGGCCAUAGGAGCCAUCUUGCGCUCAUUCAGUUACCCCUCAGCCAGUCUGGUGUGCGCCAAGGCCGAGUGCCUGCUGAGAUUGGAGGAACUGGUCCGCCGCUUUCUCAUCUCUCGGGAGACGCUGUCAGUCAGGAUGUUGGAUGACAACCUGGACCCCACACCGCUGCUGAAGGAAAUCCGCGAUGACAAAGUGGCCACCAUCAUCAUUGACGCCAAUGCUUCAGUCUCUUAUCUCAUCCUGAAAAAGGCAUCCGAGCUUGGGAUGACAUCAGCAUUUUACAAGUACAUCCUCACCACCAUGGACUUCCCUCUCCUACGACUGGAUGAUAUAGUGGAUGAGCAUUCCAAUAUUGUGGGGUUUUCCAUGUUUAACACCACACACCCCUUCUAUUUGGAGUUCAUCCGGAGCCUCAACCUCUCUUGGAGGGAGGGCUGUGACCUGACGUACCCCGGCCCUGCGGUCAGUCUCUUGGACACUGGGCUCUCGUCAGCUCUGAUGUUUGAUGCGGUGCAUGUGGUGGUGGGGGCGGUGAGGGAAUUGAACCGCAGUCAGGAAAUCGGAGUGAAGCCACUCAGCUGCUCCUCGCCUCAGAUCUGGCAACACGGAACCAGUCUGAUGAACUACCUGCGCAUGGUGGAGUAUGAUGGUCUGACAGGACGUGUGGAGUUCAACAGCAAAGGUCAGAGGACCAACUACACCCUGCGGAUCCUGGAGAAACACAGAGGAGGCCAUAAAGAGAUUGGGAUCUGGUACUCCAACAACACCCUCGCAAUGAAUUCCACUAGUCUGGAUAUAAAUGUCUCGGAGACACUGGCAAACAAGACCCUCAUUGUCACCACCAUACUGGAAAACCCGUAUGUAAUGCGUAAGGACAACUACCAGGACUUCCAGGGUAACGACCAGUAUGAAGGCUUCUGCGUUGACAUGCUGAGGGAGCUGGCAAACAUCUUAAAAUUCUCUUUCAAGAUCAAGCUGGUGGAUGAUGGGCUGUAUGGGGCUCCAGAGCCCAAUGGCUCCUGGACUGGUAUGGUUGGAGAGCUAAUCAACAGGAAGGCAGACCUGGCCGUGGCAGGCUUCACCAUCACAUCAGAGAGAGAGAAAGUUAUUGACUUCUCUAAGCCGUUCAUGACUCUGGGGAUCAGCAUCUUGUACAGAGUUCAUCUGGGACGGAAGCCGGGUUACUUCUCCUUCCUUGAUCCCUUCUCUCCAGCUGUCUGGCUUUUUAUGCUUCUCGCCUACCUGGCUGUCAGUUGUGUGCUCUUCCUGGCUGCAAGGCUGAGCCCCUAUGAGUGGUACAACCCUCACCCGUGUCUGCGAGAGCGCAGAGACAUGCUGGAGAACCAGUACACCCUGGGAAACAGCCUGUGGUUCCCUGUCGGAGGCUUCAUGCAGCAGGGAUCAGAGAUAAUGCCCAGGGCCCUGUCUACAAGAUGUGUUAGUGGAGUGUGGUGGGCAUUUACCCUGAUCAUAAUCUCCUCCUACACGGCCAACCUGGCGGCCUUUCUCACUGUCCAGAGGAUGGAGGUUCCCAUUGAGUCUCCUGAUGACUUGGCUGACCAGACCAAUAUUGAAUAUGGCACUAUUCAUGGAGGCAGCACUAUGACCUUUUUCAUGAACUCUCGUUACCAAACCUACCAGCGGAUGUGGAACUACAUGAACUCUAAGCAGCCCAGUGUGUUCGUGAAAAGCACAGAGGAGGGCAUUGCCCGUGUGCUCAAUUCCAAGUACGCCUUCCUGAUGGAGAGCACCAUGAAUGAGUACCACCGUGGCCUCAACUGUAAUCUCACACAGAUAGGAGGCCUGCUGGACACUAAGGGCUAUGGCAUCGGCAUGCCACUGGGGUCUCCAUUCAGAGAUGAGAUCACGCUGGCCAUCCUCCAGCUGCAGGAGAAUAACAGGCUGGAGAUACUGAAGAGGAGGUGGUGGGAGGGAGGCCAGUGUCCCAAAGAGGAGGACCACCGUGCCAAGGGUCUGGGUAUGGAGAACAUUGGCGGCAUCUUUGUGGUGCUGAUCUGUGGUCUCAUUAUUGCCGUGUUUGUCGCCAUUAUGGAGUUUGUGUGGUCAACGCGUCGCUCAACGGAGACCGAUGAGGUAUGCCCCCAUACCUGCCCUCGCCGACACCACAGACACACCCCAGUGUCUGUCUGUCAGGAAAUGAUCACAGAGUUCCGAAACGCCGUCUCUUGUAAGAAGAGCUCUCGUAUGCGCCGCCGUCGGCCCCUCAGCAGCUCCGCAGCCCUGCGCCACCCCGCCCGCAUAGCUCUGGGGGCUCCUCGGCCCCUGCGCCUGGUUCGAGAGAUGCGUCUCAGCAACGGCAAGCUCUACAGUGGCGCUGGUCCCCUGACAGGUGGAGCAGGAGGUGGUGGAGCAGGAGGGACGGGGCCUCCAGAUUUGGGCCCUGGACCACAGCGAAUCCUAGAUGAUCCUCUGGGAGCCAACACCACCCCUCCUCCACCCGCACCCACCCCAGUCAUGCUGCCCGCUCGCAGCUGCACCCAUGUGAGGAUCUGCCAGGAGUGCAGGAGGAUCCAGAGUCUGAGAUCAGGCACUAGUAUAGGAUCAACCUCAACACGAAUACCACCUUCUUCAGCGCCUCUGCCUAGGCUCCCCCCUCCUCCACCUCCAUCCUCAUCCAACACAGACAGUGAGGGCGGAGGCGUGCCCAGCCCCAGGCGGCUACAUCACAGCUCCCCACCUCAUAACCCCCGCCCUCUUCCUCCUCCACAGAGCAGCAACACCACAAACCUACUGGUGGAACAGGACUGAGACCAGAGGCUGUGGUGCAGUGGGUGGGGUUAGAGGGCUGCAGGUAGCCAAUGAUGUGACUGAGGGACAUUAGUGCUGUUGAGAGAACUGCUUGUUCCCUCAGGUGUGACAUUCAUUGCAGAACAAAAGAGGAAGAGAAGAAGGAGAGGGGAGGCUGAAUUUGGCAAGGUCAUCCAACAGUGAAUAAGGGAACCUUUAAAAGGAGAAAAAAAAGUGAAACCCUUGAGCUUGAGGCCCACAGAUACAGAACUGGCACCAAGUACUGACUGCGGACGUUGUCUGUGAAUGCUCCUGUAAUCGACUCUGAAGAACACUUCAGUUUGGAGAAAAAUGAGCUGGAAUGCACAUGAGCGAUGGUCAAUGGUUUUAUCUGGCCUCCCUUGUCUCUCCGUACUCCCCUUUCGCUUCACAUUUAGAUUUGAGGUCAGUGGUUUUCUUCCACAGAGACGUCCCUGGAAGCCAACUACCCCUCUAGUAAAUGAAGCCUUGUUGGAGGACAUACUGUAUCUGUAUGUGAUUUAAAACAGCAACUAAAAGACUUGUGGAGAAUUAUUUCCUGUUGUUUUUCGUUGUCUUUAUUGUUUUGUUGCCAUUGUUCUAAGUGGGAAUUACAGACAAUGUGUGACAAUAUGGUGGAUUAUAACAUACCAAGAUACGUGACUUUGGUUAAUUGUGUUCAAAAGUUUUGUGUCCCUCCCUGUGCCCCAUAGCUGCUUUUGUUUUGCGUGGUAUCAGGGAAGGUGGAUCAAACAACCUCAAGGUAAUACAAACGAUAGCAGAGGAAACUGUUGGCCUGCCUUUCUCUACAGUGUGUCUAUGUGUAUGUACAAAAUUGUGCUUCCUGUAAGUCUGUCUGUAACUACUCACAGUGAGGAGAACCAUGUACCCAGCACCCUUCUACUAAUGUUAGUUUAUCAGACAGGCACAGAGAGUUGUGACAGGAAGAGGAAAAGAGAGAGAAGGAGCAAGGAGCUUUGAAAUGUGAAAUUAAUGUCCCUCGUUAUCCCGGCUGAUGCUUGCCAAUGUGACUUUUUUUCACCUCUGUUCACACAGCGUAGAAGAGAUAGAGCGGCUGAGUGAGAGCGAGAGAGGACAAGACAGAAAAGAACAGGGGAUGGGGGGGGAUGGGUGGAACGAGAAUGGACAGUACUGAAUGUGAAUGAGAAAUCCCGAACAGAUCUACUUCCAUUAUUAGAUCUGUCUUGAUCUGUUAAUUCUGGGCAUCUUUUAAGGGGCUUGUUAAUGUGCCAGCAGGCUGUAGCUGCAGCUUCGUCCCCUCUCUCGGUCUCACAGACAGAUUUGGCUGUACAUAGUAGAGGCUCCUGCCAGAGUGAUAGACUUAUCAAUAUUGUCUCCUGCUUUUGAUCGCCUAAUUACUCCCAUCGGUGGUGAGGGACUCAUUCAGGAGAGGGUUGAACACAGGAAAACAUGCUAAUAGAUCUGGAAGAAAUACAUGUUUUUCACGCCUGCUCGGUUGAACAACAGGUCUCUUUUAAUUAUGUUGUUAAUGUUACAGCCCCUGCUGCCCAGCGGCAACGAUCUCAACACCAUACAUCAGCUGCAGUUGCUUAAAAGGAAUACACAGGUGGAUUUGCAUGUUUUAGCCCUUUAACGUUGAAUGUGUUUACACUUCACACGACCACUGCUGAUGUUUAUUCAAACCCUUUCCCGGUUUCACUUUCUUAACCUCCCUGAGAUGCAACCGCCUUCAAAACGAUGUUGCUAUGAAGCCAUUGUUUCGUCAGUGACUCUCGUUUAAAAUCAAACAAUGAUUUUAUUUAAUUAACCUAAACCUGAUCGGGCUUAUUCCUCUGUGACGCCGACCUCCAUUAUUGUCUAAAUGAUCUUAAAUACACAUCAAGCAGCUGCACCACUGUGUCGCUCGUUUAUUACAUUUUACGUAAACACCUUAGUUUAUUUUGAUUCACACACAAAUGGAAUUAUUUUCCCAUAAAUAUAGCUUACACUGUUUGUCAAGUUUGCAGUGCCUGUUGAGAGUGGAUCAAGUGCUGCUUGUUGUGUUUGUAGGUCCACGCUGCAUUGUUUGGUUUUACGGUUAAAGGUGCAGUGUGUGAAAUUUAGCAACAUUUAGUGAUUAAGUAACAUCCAUCCGUCCAUUUUCUACCACUUUAUCCUCCACCUGAGGGUCGCGGGGGGAGCUGUGCCAAUCUCAGCUGACAGAGCGACAGGCGGGGUCACACCCUGGACAGAUCGCCAGUCCAUCACAGGGACACAUGGAGACAAACAACCAUCCACUCUCACACCUACGGUCAAUUUAGUGUGUCCAAUUUGAUAAAGUUACACGUUGCAGCCAAAUAUCUCCAAGUGUUGUUGAGCCUAUGUAGCUUUCAGUUAGCAUCAUAAUUCAAAAGACGUUUAACUUGUCCACUGUGGGCUACUGUAAAAAAAACAUGGUGCCCCAAAAUGGUGGCCACUGUAGAACUGACUCAGCCCCCAAUAUAAAUCUAAAUAUCCAGUAAUGAAAAUUCAUACACAUUUCUGCCAAAUGAAAUAUAAUGUUGGUUAAAUUGAACACACUGGAGGAAAGAUCCGUCAUCUUGUUCAUCCAAAAGGAAGCGAGAGCUUGUUUAGGAGCACACAUAUAACAGAUCAGUUUUACGAUGUAAUCCACUUAUUCACACUUACAGAGUGACUCGUUAUUUUGUGGUUCCCCCACUUUAAACCCUGCUGAAACAUGUCACUCUCUAUCAUGAUUUUCUUUUUUAACUUAAAACAUUGGCAUAAUUAUUUAUCUCAGAAUCAUCAGUUCCCCCAAAGUGAUUCAGCACUUUGUGAAAUGUGGACGAAAAACAAAAAAAAAACAAUGAUGCUGUUUAUUGUCAUUUGAUUCCCAGAGAGGAAAUGUAAUAAAUGUAAUUAUGUUCAGCAGCUGAUGAUCACUUCUUGAGCAUUGGUAAAUGUUAAAUGCAACAGUUUCCUCUCUUUCCCCUAAUUUGGAGUGAUAGAUUCUUUAUUUGUGUGAAAGAGCAGAAGAUCCGCACAUCUGAAAGAUCAGUUUUUUUAUUGCCAGUGAUGUUUACAGCACCAAAGGCUCUUCCCUUUCCUCCUCUUUCAUAAAAACAGUCAUCAUCUUAAAUACCCAGUUUGCCCAUUUAUGCUACAAUCUUCUACCGUGGAAAAACACAAGUCUCCUUCAUUUGGAAUACUAGAUUGCAUCAAUAGUCAGUGCAGCAACAACAAAGUGAUCCCCCGCUGUUUUCCCACUCGUCUGUAUACAGCAAUGGAACACCAACAAGUGCGUGUGUGUAUGUGUGUGUAAGGUAACAUGCAAAACCACCAAAAACCAUGCUUUAUAAACCCAUUAAAAAUGCAGGCGCCGUUGUCUCGGCUAAAAUUGCAUCGCUGUUUUUAAAAUUAUGUAUUUUCCAGUCAAGUGACUCUGCUGUGUUCCAAAUAAUGACUGAUAACAUUGUUUACUUUGCACACAUUACGCUGUUUGACUGAAUGAUGUCUGUCAGCAGGAGCAGGUAUGGAUUUGAUGUGUCUUACCUCCGUCUGUCUGUGUCUGUCUGUGUGUGUGUGUGUGUGUGUCUAGAAUGCCGACAAGACAACGCGAGCCAAACUGUCUCCACCAGUCAUUGCAGCAGACACGCGCACACGCUCACACAGAAACACGCUCAUCAACAUCUUCAUUUCUCAUUCCCUUUGUUGUGUGAAGACAAAGACGACGGGAUGUUGUUUUCAAAUUUGCCUUGAGAAUCUCUUUUCUUCUUUGUCGUGCUCCAUGUACAAAUUCACAGACGUUCCCCCGGCACAGCACCGCGCAGCCAUUAACUGGCUAUUGACAGCUUUAAACCAUCAGCUGAAAGCGUUAGUCAGCUGCAUUAAUGUGAAGAGGUUAAGAGGAGGACACGAACCCUGACCCCGGUGUGGCCAGCAAAGGGAAGGGAGGGUCACAAAACAAUUCAGAUGGGGUGUCUGAACGGUCACUCGACAAAAACAGUCCUUUUCCUUUACUUUUAUGUUCUUUUCUUUGAUAUUUUUUCAUAUUUCUAUACUAGUGCUAAAUGGAUUAUUAAAACUGACAAUGAAUAUUAUGAUUAAAUUGUUGUUAUUAUUCCUACUGAGGAGCAAGAGGUUCUAUAGUGUGCUUGUGGGUGACGGGUGGGUGACGGGAGGUGCUGGGAUGAAGGUGCAAUGAUGUUCUUCAGAGAAAAUGCCCAGUUGUUCAAACCUAUAGACACACAAACUUCUUUUGGAAUAAAAAUAUACAAACAGUC